CUAACUACAGCUUUGAACUAUGCGACCUUAAUCGCACGCUGCAAAGUCCAGUCUUUAGCUUAGAACAAGCCAACUGGCCUUUCCUCACUCGUGCAGUCGUGAAGCGACCCCACAGGAUCUUCAUAUCUAUAGCACCUAGCCCUUCAUAGCUAGGUCGCCUCAGCGGAAAUGCCUCCGCAAUUGGGCCGCGAAGUGCAGGAGCGGGUGAAGGUUUACGGGCCAUUGAAUGAGCUCACAUACGAGGGACGACUGCUCACACAAACGCUGCAAGAUGAGCUGAACCGCUCAAUAUCUGCGCCAGCAGGACCCAGAUCGCCUUGGUAUGAAGGGGACCCCGAGCUGGAGUCGAUGCGGGAGCGGGUGCGGCAGCAGCGAGCAAUCCGCGAGGCGCAGCGGCGGAGGGACCACGCUGCGCUCACUGCGUCCAUACAGAAGCGCAACCUGCAGGAGGAGCAGCGGCGCGACGCCAUGCUGGGCAGCCUGCUUGGCGACGUCAUCGGCGGCCUGACAGACCCCAACUCGCCGCUGGCGGAGGCGGAGGCGGCGCUGUCGCACGCGGACAAGGUGCGGCGGAAGAAGAAGGAGUCGCUGCACAACGAAUGGAGCACGCAGGUGUUUGACACCAUCCAGGGGCGGCUGCAGGCUGCGGUGGAUGCGCGUGACCCCGCCGCCAUCGAGUCUCGGCUCAAAACCCAGUACGACCAGUACCUACACACCACCAACACAAAGGUUGCAGUUUUCCGCGAUGUCAUCAUAGAGCAGGACUACAACCCGCUGGCCGCCGCGGACGCCGCCAUCCGCGUGCCCACCGGCGACAUCCGCGACCCGCUGAAGCGCGACGUGCUCAAGGGCGAGUACGAGCGCCGCCUUAUGACUGGAGGCCGCGGCGGCGGCGGUGCCAGCCCCACGGGUCGCGGCGGAGCCGCCGCCGCAGGCGCUGGCAGCAUCUACGGCCCGCUGGGCAAGGAGACGCUGGGCACGCAACAGUGGGGCGAGCUGGCGGUGAAGGCGACGCCGUACGGACACUGCACAGACGGUCAGGGCGGGUACGUGGCACGGCCGCUGAGUGGGAGUGCGGUGGCGCUGCGCGCCAGCCGCGUGCCCAUGGACCACUACGACUACCCGGUGGGCAAUGCGGCGGCGGCGGCGGAGGUGCCGCCCGGCAAGCGCAUCGUGCCGGGGCCGGAGCAGCGGCGCGGGCGGCAGGACCUGUUCGACGUGGUGCAGCACACCGUGCACCUGAAGCCGCAAGGCUACACAGGCGGCGACCAAUGGCUGGAGCAUAAAGGGAAAGGCAACGCGCCCGGACCCGAGCAGCGGAGAGGCCGGCGCGACCUGGCCGAUGUAUUGCAGCAGAAGGCAGUGGCAGACGGCCCGCGGGGCACGUCCGCACCGGCCCGGGGUGACCAGCUGCAGCAUAAGGAGCAGGGCGAUGCGUGGCUGGACGCCAAGGGCAAGCGGCGGGUGGAGGGGCCGGAGAUGCGGCGGGGUCGGCAGGGCCUGUACGAGACGUUACAGCAGACGUCCAACCCCUACCAGGGAGGCAACAAGGUUGGGGACGCCUGGCUUGAACACAAGGGCCGCAAGGUACAGCCGCGGCCAGAGCCGGAGGCGGCGGCGGCGCUGUCAGCGGUGCCGCCGCUACCAACCGUGCGGCCGCCACGGGUGGGCGACGACAAGAAGUACGCGGUCAAUAUUGAGGCGGCCAUGGGGCAGAUGACAGUGAAGGACGGGGCAAAAGUGACGGGAUGGUGAGGGCUGUUGAGCACGCAGGAGUAGUUGUUGCACAUGUGUGAGGCCUGUGCAAGUGCGCGAGCAUAGUGCCCCUGCACAAUGCAGUGUAUGGCAAUUCUAGGGCAGUGGUGUCUGUGGAUAGCAUGGGUGCCAGUAUAGUGGAUCCUUACGGCGGCAGGAGUUGCCGCCGUGCUUCGGUUGUUGCGGAAAGAUUGUGUGUGAAACACUUAUGCUGUGUUUGCAUGACGGCUGCAAUGUUGCAUGGCUAGCUGGAGCAGGUCAUCCUCUGUUUGCAUGAUCCAAUCCAAACAAGUGAGCGGGAGACCGGACACUGGUCCAGUCCGAAAGGAUGUGCCGUGCGUGUCAUCAAAUUUGGGGCCGAGUUAUGACACUUAGUCACCCCAGUUCAAUCUUGACUCCUAGCAAAGCAAUGGUGCUACAAUUGAGGGGCCACGUUUGAAGCACUUUAGCAACAGUGGAGGUGAGGAGGUCAGCUGACUUGUUUGGGCACCGGGCGGCCUGGCUCACGUACGGAAGUUGCACGCACGCAUGGACUGCUGGACAGUCACACAGCCCAGGCCUUCUGCUUAUUUAAGCGCACUAGACAUGGAGCCCUAGGCUUGAUUGCGGCGGCUACGGCGGGUCCUAUUUGCAAUGCGGCGUGUGGAAGCAGUCAGUACGGUACCACUGUGCGGGA